GAUUGAACUGAAUGACUGUCUGGUAUGUCAGAAGAAAAGCAAUUAUUUUGUGAAAUAUGCGGAAAUGCCGUUAAAACAGCAAAUAAGUUGAAGAUUCAUAUGAGAACUCAUACUGGAGAAAAACCGCACUCUUGUAGGAUAUGUGGGAAGUGUUUUGCACAAUACGGCAAUCUGAAUGUUCAUAUACGACGUCAUACAGAAGAAAAACCAUAUUCUUGCGAAGUAUGUGGCAAAUGUUUCGUGAACACAGCUGCCGUGAAUGAUCAUGUUCGAAUUCAUACAGGAGAGAAGCCAUAUUCCUGUAAGAUAUGUGGCAAAUGUUUUUCACGAUCAGGUAGUUUGAACACACACAUGCGAAUCCAUUCAGGUGAUAAGCUUUAUCCCUGUGAGAUAUGUGGCAAAUAUUUUUCACAAUUAGGUCAUUUGAACAGACACAUGCGAAUCCAUUCAGGUGAUAAGCCUUAUUCCUGUAAGAUAUGUGGCAAAUGUUUUUCACGAUCAGAUAGUUUGAACACACACAUGCCAAUCCAUUCAGGAGAUAAGCCUUAUCCCUGUAAGAUAUGUGGCAAAUGUUUUUCACGAUCAGGUAGUUUGAACAAACACAUGCGAAUCCAUUCAAGUGAUAAGCCUUAUCCCUGUGAGAUAUGUGGCAAAUAUUUUUCACAAUCAGGUCAUUUGAACACACACAUGCGAAUCCAUUCAGGUGAUAAGCCUUAUCCCUGUGAGAUUUGUGGCAAAUAUUUUUCACAAUCAGGUCAUUUAAACACACACAUGCGAAUCCAUUCAGGUGAUAAGCCUUAUCCCUGUGAGAUAUGUGGCAAAUGUUUUUCACAAUCAGGUUCUUUGAAUACACACAUGCGAAUCCAUUCAAGUGAUAAACCUUAUUCCUGUGAGAUAUGUGGCAAAUGUUUUUCACAAUCAAGUAAUUUGAACAGACACAUGCUAAUCCAUUCAAGUGAUAAGCCAUACUCAUGUAACAUGUGUGGCAAAUGUUUUUCACAAUCAAGUAAUUUGAACAGACACAUGCUAAUCCAUUCAAGUGAUAAGCCAUACUCAUGUGAGAUGUGUGGCAAAUGUUUUUCACAACCAUAUCUUCUGAACAAACACAUGCGAAUCCAUUCAGGUGAUAAGCCAUACUCAUGUGAAAUAUGUGGCAAAUGUUUUUCACAUUCUUGCAAGUUGAAUAAACAUAUGAAAAUUCACAAUAAGAAAACCCUUACUGCUGUGAAACAUGUGGAUAGUAUUCCGUGAAAAUCCAUACACGAUGUCAACAGUGACAAAUUUUUGUAUAGAGUGAUAUGGAGGGGUGGUUAAGGUGACAAGACUUAGCAGGAGUGGGCAACAUGGGUCCGGCCCGCGACGAGAUUUUGACCGACCCGCUGACUGUAUCCAACCACACUCUGUAAUGUGGUCCGACACAUCAUUCCCGAAAGUUGUCGAUCGCUCUACUCUCACCGCACUGUUAGUGCGCGCUGGUGAAAUAAACAAUUGCCUUAGUGAACAAACAAUUGUGUUAGCACACUUGUUGAACAAACAUUUAACAGAGCAGCCCGCCGACUAGAGAAGUUGCCCACCCCUGUUCUAUAGUAUACAAGCGUUUACAGAUGUUAGUACUUUCGAACACAUGCAAGAGCCAGGCUGGUCCUUGCAUGAUGCAUGCAUAUUGUGCAAAUGAUGAUAUGUUUUAUAUUUUAGAGCAGUGGUUCUCAAACGGUGGGUAGAACUUCAAAAAGGGCGCAUACACAAGGGGGCUUGAAAGUGAAAAGAUCUGCUAGAUAUGAUCUUCCCGGCUUUAUUCUGGAUACGUAUUUUCAACAUGUUUUUGGAAUAAAAUGUAUUCGCCUCAAUAUCUUUUACUUGUAAGGUGGGGUGCCAGAUAAUUUAUAAAAAAAGGUUCAGGCCUAGAAGUUUGAGAACCACCGUUCCAGAGUAUGUAAACGUUUACGAUACUUUUGACUAAACGUGAAUUGUAAGUUUGAUAUAUGCUAAUGAUGAUAUGUUUUUGCAAUUGUUUCUUUAUGUAUCUGACUGUGUAUUGAUUGUAUGUUUUGCACUGAACCAAAAAUUCCAUUAACGACUUUUCUUCAUGAUGAUUAAACUUUUUUCAUUCUGAUUUGCUCACAUUUAUCCUGUUUUAUGGGUAACAACAGCACGAUUGGCUCUAUCGUAUGCUGUCACUGAAACUCUUCACUUCUUAGCUAGCAAAUUAUGAAAAGCUAAAAAUAGGUCAGAAUCCGGUUGCUGUUUCUACUCGCAUGGAGGGUGAGAGCUGGCAUUGCUCGGAAAUAACAAAUGGCACUGUUUACCUCAGUUUCGCGCUUAUCCUGUUGGUUUAAAACUAUCUAGUCGCUAUGGUUAUUUUACAGAGUCCUCUACUGCUAUUGCCCGCCCCUUCCAUAAGAGAAAGCGAUUCCAUGAUUUGCAUUAUCGAACUUAUUUCACUCAAAUUUGAACUAUGUAGAAUUUAAACAAAAAAAAUUAAAUUGACUAAAAAUUGCAUAUUCUCUUAGCAAAAUCUAAAGGGAAGCCACCAUCAUAAAGGAUAGAAUUUAUCCUCUGCAAAAGAUGUGAUUAGGGCUGAGCGAAUACAUGAUGAUUUCAGAAUUAAAUACUUGGAAAUUGGCAAUCGAAUGUGACUUUUUCAUUCUAAUGGGUCAUCCAGCCUCAUAAAUUACUGAAAACAUUGAA